GGACAGCUCGGCGCCUUCGCAGGUCGAUGCGGAUGAGCUGCGACAGCGUGAUGACAAGGAGCAGCCUAAGGGUAAGGCAGAGGAGGUAGCUGCCAAGGCAAAAGCGAAGGAAGAUGAUAGCGAUGAUUCCGAUUGGGAGUGAAGAGGGAGUUGGACCAAGCUACCUCGCCUAUCUUGCUGCGUCCUCCUUCACCGCUUUGCCGAAGACGGCCUCCACCUGUCACGGCCGUAUGUCCUAGUUCGCUUCCCAUUCUUCUUGUAUACCAAACCCAAUCCAUCGUCGUCAAUAGUAGUCAUGUCAACGAAGCCCUCGACCGUCUUUCGCUGCAACGACAUUCCAGCGCUGCCAGACUUCCCCUACUCGCCUCACUACGCACAUUAUCGCGGGCUGCGUUAUGCCUGGAUAGAUGAGACAUCUGGCAUUUUCGAUGUGCGCCAGGGAGUUGCCAUGAGUCAGCCACAUGAUCCACCCGCGGGAGAAUCAGUAGCGACAGAGACGAUACUCUGCCUCCACGGCGAGCCGACAUGGAGCUAUCUGUACCGCAAGAUGAUCAAGAGCUGGCUCGAAGAUCCGCCUGCCAGACGCACCACUGGGCCUCGUUACCUUCGUCGCCGGGUUGUCGCACCGGAUCUCAUUGGCUUCGGGCGCAGUGACAAGCCGGUGCAGGAUGAGUACUACACCUGGCAGUCACACCGGGAUUGGCUCAUCGAAUUUGUGCGCCAGCAUGUGGAGCAGAGGGAGGGAUCGACUCCUGUGACGAGAAGCGUCCUUGUCGUGCAAGACUGGGGCGGCAUCCUGGGCCUCAUUCUCCCACCCCUCUUUCCCCACCUGUUCACGCAUCUCCUCGUCAUGAACACCGCCCUCGGCUUGGGCAAGUCUCCCUCGCCUGGCUGGGAAAAUUUCCGCAAGUACAUGGCCUCGACUCACGACCUUGCCGUGGGUCGCAUGCUCAGCAGAGGUCGAAAGAGCAUGACAAAGUCGGAAAUCGACAAUUACGACUUGCCGUUCUACGGCUCGGGUAGUCACGACGGGCGUGCAAAGGCCGGCGUGCGACGAUUUCCUCAACUCGUCCCCAUUCGCCCUUCUCAAGCAGGCGUCGCCGAAUCUCAAUCCGCUCUACAUUAUUACGGAUCCCUACAGCCGGAGCAGCUAAGUGACAACACUGCGUCAGCAUCGACUCAGGUACGCACGCCGCUCCAAGUCUUCGUCUGCAUAGGCGCGGCAGAUCCUGUCUUCCCGGAGAAGGUCAUGGACGACCUGUCUGCGCAGACCUGGGGGAAGCAGCUGGGAUGCUGGCGUCAUGUCAUACCGGAGGGAGGGCACUUCGUUCAGGAAUGGGCGGCACAUGUCCCGAAGCUGGCAGAUCUUGCGUGGAGUAGCGAGGCGAGACAGAGGACCGUAGCGACCCAGUCAGAGGAUGGAAAGACGUGGGAGGCGCAUUGGAUGGCACCGAGUGCUGGGCAGACGUCAGCAAAGUUGUAAUGUACCAGAACGACGGAAUCCUCAUCGCAUCGACGAUUGAGCUGG